AUGGUUGACAAGUUCGUCAUCGCCCAUGCCGGGGCCAAGAAAGCGGAGGCAAGGAUGAACGACAUAUUCGCCAUUAAGCAAUCUCUUGGCGAGGGACUCAAGGACUUCCUCUCCCGAUUCAACCGUGUAAGAAAGACCCUUCUGAAUGUAACUGAAGGAAUGGCGGUGGCCGUUUUUCAGAAUGGGCUAAGCAGAAGUGGGUCGAGGGCGACCAAAAACAUACUGAGCCGAAUCAUGAAAUACCGUCCAACCACUUGGGAUAAGAUACACAAUGCCUACCGUGCCGAGGUAAGAGCCGACGAGGAUGAUUUCAACGGGCCUACUCAAUGCCUGACCUCGGUCCAAACAGAGUCCAAGAAAGACCAAAGAAACGACAAUAGAAGAGAUCUAGCAGGGCCGCGACCUAAUCAAGAAAGACAUCAGCCUUACAUCAAAGGCACUCUCAUGCCACCUCCACGUCACGAAGAAGGUCCAUCCAGGCCGCGAAUAGGAACCCACCGAAAUGAAAGAGAAAUAGUCUACGCAUUGGAAAAGCUCGGCCUAAAGACAAGAGGUCGUGAACAUGCUUCACCAAAGGCACCUAAAAGAGUUGAUGAGCGAUCGAGGGAGGACCAACUUCGCCCGAGGGCGAGAAGAACAUCAUGGGCCGCCCAAACCAUCUUCCCAGUUUGGACCAUUCAAAUGAUCAUCGGGGGAGGGGACGACGCAUCUAUCAACAGCGUGAAGUUCACCACCACUCACAAGCUCAAGCGUUCAAUCACCCACGAACGGCACGACGAACUCGAAGAAAGUAUCAUCUUCGAUAAGUCGGAUACCCACGGUUUGGUCUUUCCUCACUAUGAUGCCCUUGUCAUUACUUUAUGUGUUUUUGAUACUGAUAUAAGACGUAUCAUGGUCGAUGAUGGAAGCGGUGCAUGCAUCAUCCACCCUCGAGUUCUCACCCAAAUGAAGCUCGAGGACAGGGUAGUGCUACGUUGCAUCACGCUAACAGGUUUUAACAAUGACAUUGAGCAGACAUCUGGAGAAAUCACGCUGCCUAUCCUGGACGGCGGCGUCACCUUGGAGACCACGUUCCAUAUCAUGGACCAGGAUACGGCGUACAACGCCAUCAUAGGCCGACCAUGGAUACAUGCAAUGAAAGUCGUCCCCUCCAGUUUGUACGAAGUCAUUAAAUUUCCCACCCCUUGGGAAAUCUUCUGCAUCCGGGGAGAGCAACGCACAGCCCGAGAAUGCUACUGCAUCGCCCAAGAUUGCACAUACACACAACAAUUGAAAGGAAAAGCCGAGGAAGCAUAG